AUGGGGAUCGAGAGGAUCCGUGAUUUUUUCGGUGGUUGGUCCAUGGUUGGUUCUGUUUUCGACCGCAAGAUACGCGGCGUUUCGUCUUUUAUCUCGUGCAAGCUUUCCUGGCUGCGCAUCAUGUUGUCCAGCUUCAUGCCGAGUUUGACCCGGUUUUCGUUCUGCAACCGGAAAUUGCUCAGCUUGGAGGCAGCGUCGUCCACCUCCAGCGUGGGGGUGCACGAGCGCAGCGACGUGCUCGACGCAACGUGCGGGAUCGUGCCCACGGACGACGCAAUGAACUCGGAAACCACCGGCGAGCUUUGCGCGUGCGGCCGCGACAUGGGCACGCGCGUCUGCGGCUUGAUAGGCGAGCACUCAGACGUCUGCGAGUUGGACCGGAAGUUGCGCAUGCUCAUGGACGAUCUCUUGGAUCCUGGCGAGUGCGACGACGUCAUCGACACGGGCGUAGGGAUUGGCCCGUUCCGAGGCGGUGUUGGCGCUGACGGGAUCACUAUCGGCAUUGGAGGAGCCUUGCGCGAGAGCUUGAGACUGUGCGACGAGGUGCUGUGCUGGUCGUUGACACUGACCUGGCUGUUGGAGCUCGAGAUCGUGUUUACCGUGGAAUUGGCCGGUCUGGCCAAUGCGGGCGGAUGUGCCUUCAAGGUGUUGUAUUUGGCCAGAACAUCGAAAUCGUACGCCACAUCUUCCGGUUUCCAUCCCUGCUUGUUGAGCAACUGGGUAUCUGCCUUGUACGCAAGCAACAGGUCCACACAGCUAAGAGACCCAUACUCCAGGGCCAAAUGCAGCGGGCUGUUGCCGUCGUCGUCCUGGAUGUUUGGGUAUGCGCCGUUAUCCAGCAACACUGUGAGGCACAGGGGGAAGUUAUGGAUACAGCAAAGAUGCGACGGAGUGUAUCCGUUCUUUCCGCGCUGGUCGAUACACACGUUGAAGUACUCCAGCAACAGUUCCAGAGACUUGUGGGAGUUGUUGGAGCAUGCGGUGUGGAUAAUGGUGUCGUGA